AUGUUUGUUGACGACCGCUGGCCCGUCUAUCAGGUUUGUGCAAGUGCGCUCUACCGCACGCUUUCAGGCGAAUUUGAAUUUUGAAUUGUCGUCUUUUCAGGAAUACCUCCGUUACAUUUGGGGAGCUCCGUUCGAUCGCUUCCACAAAGAGGGUCUCGAUGUGGACCUGGACGGAGACGUCGACUCCUAGUAAGUCGUUUACUCUUUCUGACACGUCAUCAUCUACAUUUACAGUAACACCCGCGAGAUUGUGGUGUUCCGCGCGUGUCUCAUCGGCUACGAGCCGUGCAUCAAAAUGUCGAUGGAGUUGUUCGGACAGCUGCGCAGAAACUGCUCGGGAACCGAUCAAUUGUUGAGCGGCAUCGACUGCAACACGUACUCUUUUCCUUUUUUCCGUGGAAAAACCGAGAAUAUCCGUUCCAGAAUCCCGCUGUACCUCCGUCAACACGUCUACUCGGCGGCGAUCGCGCACGGAACACAAGAGGAUUUUGACUUUUUGCUCGAGAAAUACACAAAAGAGCACUAUCUGCUGGAAAGGGACCGCAUAUUUCAUGGAAUGUGCGGCACAGAUUCUCGUGAGAAUAGUGCCAAGUGAGCCCUGAAAACGUUCAGCUUGACCGCUAUAACAUUACUAUUUCAGAAUGUGGCUCUACUUGGUCGAAAAUCCGGCGCGAGAGAACUUCUUCACGCGAGCGGUUGCGUGCUCGAAAAAGUUGACCCGGAAAACGUUGAUGAUGGAUUUCUUCGUGAAGCGGCCAAGUCUGCUGGCUGAAGUGUAAGUGUACGCCCUGGGUGCCGCGACAAGAACUGAAAUGCGUGGCGCAGUGGCGAAGCGGUUCGACUUUUGCUUUUGGUUCAAGUUCAAUCCCAAUCGAAGUCAUUACGUUUUUGCCAUUGUUGUCACGGGGCCGGGCCGUAUCAGGCUAGAGGAAUCCGUAUUCUACAAGUCUGAUUUUUGCUCGUUUUCAGAAGGACAAAACUAGGAAAUAAGUUGAACGCUCUUCUCUUAUUGGCCCAUCGACAGAUUUACACGCGAGAGCAGUGCGAUCAGGUGAGCCAAAUGUCUCGAAAAGCUCAUUUUCUCCGCUCUUGCAGUUCGAUAAAAUGGUCGAGCCACUCGGCGAGUACGGCAGAAGCGCCGGCCAACUACGCUACCAAACCCUGGCACGGAUCGAAUGGAGGGAAGCCGUCGCCGCUCACAUUGCCGGAAACGCUUCGGAAGCGCUGGCGGAAAUGAAGAAACUGCAAUUCUAA